GUGUGGCGGAAGUGGGUUCUCAUCGAGGUCGCGGUGCUAUGGCUGCCGGCUCUGUGGUGUUGCUGACGCGGGCCCUGGAGGCGCUGGAUGUUGGUGGUGCAGCAGAUAAGAUUAAUUUGAUACCUCAAGACUUCUUUGCAGAACUAUGUGAGCAGAUAAUUCAACAUCUGAACCAUAAGAUCCCAGGUGUAAAUACAGUUGAACUGUGUCAGAGACUGCAGACAUCUGGGAUUGAGGUUAAUGUUGGUGACCUGGCAAAAAUAACUAACACUGUGUCCUUUUUGUUUAGUACAGCAGCCAGGAACAAUCUCUCUACGGAGGAGCUCAUCACUGCCUUGGGCAGCACAGUCAACACGCUGCCUAAGCAUGCGAUACAGGUUAUCCGCCAUGUAUGGAAUGAGCAGGGCAAAUCUGUUGGUGUGUCAGAAGAUAAAGGAAAUAUGUCCACAGUGGGCCAGUUUGUAGAUAUUAAAUGGAAACUGGGAGUUGCAAUGAGCUCUGACACCUGCAGGUCUCUGAAGUAUCCGUAUGUUACGGUGGCGCUAAAAGUAGCAGAUUCCUCAGGACAAAUAACCAACAAAUGUUUUGAAAUGACGGUCCCACAGUUCAAGAACUUCUUCAGACAGUUCAAGGAAAUGGCAGCUGUUCUUGAAACAGUUUGAGCAGAACUGUUUUUUAUACUGAAAUUUCUGACAGACUUGUAUCAAGUAAACUUUCUGUUCUGCACAGGGCACAUAGUGCCAUUGUUCAGCAAGGUAUGUAUCCUUAUCCUUUUGACAGGUAUUUGUCACAGUCAUCCUUACAUAGCUGUGAAGAUUUCUUCGCUUUUGAAUAUUUGAAGCCAUUUCUGCUUGUAAAAGUGGUCAGCUUGGUUUAUCCUGGUAAACAGAGAUCAGGCUCUGAACAGAAAAAUGUCACUGUAGACUUCAUACUCUACGAGAGUGAAAAACUACAUUUAAGAAACUACACAUUUAGCUCUGGAAUACAGAAAGAUGUGAAAAUGUUAAUUUGACUGAGGAGAUACUAAGAGAAGUGUAAAUCUCACAUUAGCAGUUUGGUCUGUAAAAUUGAGAUGUGGUUGGAAUCAACAGUAAUAUUAACUGUGUGGAGUAUAUGAAGUUACACAUGGCAAGCAUACAAUUAUUCUUGAAGAAUAGUAAUUUCAAGUACUUAGUUGCAGGUAUUUGCAGACCAGGCUUUCAGUUUUCUUUUAAAUGGAAUGUGCACUUGUCCUAAUGUCUUGAUUAUUUUGAAUACUUAUUUCUCACCACCCAGACUUCUAAAAAUUAAAUUUCCCUGGAAACUAUUUUUUUUUCUCUGAAAUGAAGCCUGGAGGUUAGUUUUAAAUAUAGGAAGAAAGUUGAGUUUAAUUCCAAAGCAUUUAAAUGUGUUUUUUCCUUUGUAUUUAAUCCAGCUCUAAUCUGUGGCACUCUGAUGUUGUUCUUAGCAGUCCGCUUUCUGAUUAAAGUAAAAUAUUGAUGUGUCUGCCUCACUCUGUGCUCUGAACUAGAAAAACUGGGAAGAGGCUUAAAAGUUCAAGCUAGUGCAUUAGUUGUACACAUCAGAGAAAUGACUAUACUAAAAGUCAAGAAGACUUCUUUGCUUGUUGUGGUGUUUCACAGGAAUCUGGAGGACUGUAUUGCUUUCUCACUCUCAGGAAAUGUCCUAACCAGUAAAAUUUUGACUUCGGUUCUGAAGGCGAAUGGGGACGUUUUCAAAGGGAGAGUGAUAAAUGUAGUACGCUUGCAUUUCAUUUCUUGUGUUUAACCUUUAAAACUAGAAAUAUAGCAGGGUCUUUAGAAAACACUACUGUCGCAUUUCAAGACUUGCUGGUGAUGUAGUAAGGCAGAUAAAUCUGAAGAGAGACAGUUCGCACUGAUAAGCUGCUGAAAUUUAUGCUGUGGCUUCAGACUAAGAAGCAGUGUUGUUGGGACAGAUCCUUAAGUAAGAACAUCUGCCCUUCUGAUGCACAUAAAUAGUUCAUUAACUUUUCUUAGAAGCUGGCUGAGCAUCAGUGAUGCAAGUUUUGCCUGCCUUUGUCUGAUGAAAAUGGACUGCAACACAGAGCAGACUGCAAUCCUUCCUAGAGAGAUACACCCCCACUGUAUAAGCAUGAGUACAUUAUGCAUAGUACAUAAAAACAGUACUUGAAGUUACUUAGAUCUCAAAUAAAUGAAACGUUGUCUUUAACAAAAGACAGUAGAAGUUUUGGCCAUCAGUCUUUCUUUUGUGCUGCAGAAGUCAAAGGUGUUUGCUUCAUGGCUGGGGAGAGCAGAAUGUUUUUCUAUUGGCCCUGUCAGUAGAGUGCCACAGGAUGGCAAACUGGAAGUCUUUUCCUGAGAUCUUUUCCCUUAUCUGAUUACCAGGUUUGAACAUGGUGCAAAAAAUCAUCUCUGUGUAUGGAAAAGUGAUAUGAGCAGCUGAUAUUUUUCAUUGUUUACUUUUUUUUUUUGAAGUUGAAAUGUAGGGCUUCUGUAACCAGAAAAUAUUGCCAUGCCGUGGCCUAGUGAAUUCAUUGGUUUUGAUCACUGUAAGAAUUCCAGAACUUUUUGUUGUUGCUUUGUUUGUUUUGUAAAGCUGGAACAUUACAAAUACUUCCAUUUGUUCUACUGCACGUAAGUUCUUCAUACAGCUGGAAAUAGUUGUCUUCUUUAGAACUGGAUGGAAGAUUUAAUUAAUAAUUUCUUAGCUUCUAGAAACAGCAAUUUAGUACAUUCUGAAAGGUAAUGAGGAAAAGUUCAGUUGCAGUUCUUGUUUGGUCCAUCAUCAAGAAAGAAAACCAAACAGCCAAAUGAAGUGUGUAACUGUUACAUUUUCUCAAGUUAUAUGUUCCAGAAGUACUAAUGAAUGUUUUUGGAGCAUUGCUGCAUUCUUACCAAGUUGUGGGGCUGGGUGGAAGUUGCCUAGGCAUGUGUGGUACACCAGCACAACUGUCUGAGAAUUGUGAGGUGUUUAUGGGCACCUAGGAGAUGUGAUUAAAAGCUGGCUCUGUACUCAAACUUUGAGGUUUGUCCUGAUCAGUAUCAGUAGGAAUUCCUACACUGAGUAAUGGAAGAACUACAUAUUUUAUUUUAAAAAACGAAUACUUUGCAGGGUAGCAAUACAAAUGUGUUCAAACAAGCUCUUGAAUGUGGUUGAUAUGUUGGUUGAUAUGUGCGGGAGCCAAAUCUUUUCACAGAGAGUCGGAUGUUCCUGACAUGUUCCUAAUUCUACUUGCUGAUUGAGACAAAAUUGUUUAACACAAAUAUUUUUGUAAGUUCACAAACAUUCAUUAAACAUAGGUGAUAAAAAUGA